AUGGUCUGUGUGCUAGGAAUCGAAGGUUCUGCCAAUAAAAUUGGUGUCGGGAUUAUUAGAGACGGUGUUGUUCUCUCUAAUCCAAGAGCGACUUUUCAUGCUCCUCCCGGCGAAGGCUUCAGACCCAGUGAAACUGCACAACAUCAUAGACAACAAAUUCUCAAAAUGCUCACCAAAGCUCUGAAAGAAGCUAAUAUAACUGAUCCAGAAAAAGAAAUCGAUGGCAUAGCCUUCACGAAAGGACCCGGCAUGGGAGCACCUCUUCAAGUUGGAGCUGUGGUUGCGCGAACUCUUUCUCAAGUUUGGUGUAAACCAAUCGUCCCUGUAAAUCAUUGUAUUGGUCAUAUUGAAAUGGGACGUCUCAUCACGGGGGCUGAUAAUCCAGUUGUCCUAUAUGUUAGUGGAGGAAACACUCAGGUGAUCUCCUAUUCCAACCAAAAGUACUGCGUGUUUGGUGAAACGAUAGAUAUCGCUGUCGGUAACUGCCUGGACAGAUUCGCUAGAGUGAUUAUGCUCCCAAAUAAUCCGAGCCCAGGCUUCAACAUAGAACAAGCCGCCAAAAAAGGUUCAAAACUGUUGGAAUUGCCCUAUACUGUCAAAGGAAUGGACGUUUCUUUCUCCGGUCUACUCUCUUUCAUCGAGAAACGAGCUCCUCAGCUUUUAAAGAAAGGAGAGUAUACCAAGGAAGACCUGUGUUUCUCAUUGCAAGAGACAGUCUUUGCUAUGCUCGUAGAAAUAACGGAGAGAGCAAUGGCUCAUACGAACAGCAGCGAAUUACUGAUAGUUGGGGGCGUAGGAUGUAAUGAGCGCCUACAGCAAAUGGCUUCUAUAAUGUGUGAGGAGCGAGGAGCUAAACUGUUCGCAACAGAUGAGCGUUUCUGUAUCGACAAUGGAGCCAUGAUAGCGCAAGCGGGUUGUUUGAUGCUCCAGACAAACUCAGAUGUGAAACUGAAGCAAACUGCGAUCGUCCAGCGAUAUCGAACUGACCAAGUUGACGUGAUCUGGAGGUCUUGA